ACUUAGUAGUAGUAGUAGUAGUAAGGACCCUACAAAAAGGCAGAGCCUGCAGGCUGAAACCCCAGGACGGCAGAGGCAGGGAGCCCCUGGUUUCCUUCAGCUCAGAAGAAAAGGAAAGGCCAGCAUGCCCCACCUUCCCCUGCUGCUGCUGCUGCUCAGGGGCCUGGGGUCUCAUGGGUUUCCAGCCACUUCAGACACACAAGAGCAAAACACGGAGAUGGUCCAGAAAUACCUACAAAACUAUUACAACUUAGGGGUUGGAACCAGCUGAUUUAAAGGGCAGAGAAACCACAGUACAAUGAUUGAAAAAUUAAAGCAAAUGCAGGAAUUCUUUGGGAUAAAGGUGACUGGCAAGAUAGAUGCUGAUACCCUGGAUAUUAUGAGGCAGCCCAGAUGUGGAGUGCCUGGCGUUUCACCCCAGUAUGAACUCACUCCAGGGAACCCUCGUUGGCAGAGCACACACCUGACCUACAGGGUUGAAAAUUACACCCCAGACCUGUCGAGAGCAGACAUAGAGCAGGCUGUUGAGAAGGUCUUUCAGCUCUGGAGCAGUGCCUCACCCUUGACCUUCACCAAGGUCUCUGAGGGGCAAGCGGACAUAAUGAUAUCCUUUGUCUGGGGAGAUCAUCGUGACAACUCUCCCUCUGAUGGACCUGGGGGCAUAUUCGCUUAUGCCUUCCAACCAGGAAUAGGUAUUGGAGGAGAUGUUCAUCUUGAUGAAGAAGAAAUACGGACCAAAGAUUUGAAUAAUUACAACUUGUACUGGGUUUUGGCACAUGAAUUGGGACAUUCCUUUGGACUUUCUCAUUCUACUAACAUCGGGGCUUUGAUGUAUCCCAACUGCAUCUACGCUGGUGAAGUUUAUCUGUCUCAGGAUGACAUCAAUGGCAUCCAGGCCAUCUAUGCACUCUACACUCUGCUGAGCGUUGAGCAGCCCAGAGUCCAGACAGGGAAGGCCUCCCUUUCUGUGUGUGAGUGUGAUAACAGGAUAACAUUUGAUGCUGUGACCAAAAUUGGUGGGGAAUUGCUCUUCUUCAAAGACAGAGGCCCAGUCCCACUGCAGACCUUUGAAGUCCUCACAGAGUGCCCUCCAGAGCUGUCCCACCAAAGGGCAGGGGACCUGGGGUACCUCCCACCGACAUUUCCCCUUGGUGGGUUGUUUGAGGAGGUCCUGAAGCCGUCACUAGACAGUGCCUUGGUGGGCACCACACAGGCCCAGCCUGCUCCUGGGCUGGGGAAAGCUCGAGGCUGA